GUGAUUGACGCGUGCCAGUGGAAAAAAAUACUUGUAUAUAAAAAAUAAAAAAAAAGACAAAAGUAAAUAUAAAUAUAUAUAAGACAAACAUCCUGAUAUCAAACAGUACCUUGAUACAUUUUUUGAGUUACUGUUCAUGUUUACAUAACAUUCACUACUGACAGUCAUACUCACGACAAUACACUUAGCACACAAUGGAUUAGUAAUUUAACCAUUACGUGAAUAAUGAAUAAAUUGAAAAAAAAAAAAAAAUAAUAAGCUAAGAAUGGCGGAUACGGAUGACGCUGACGGUCCUCUAGAUCCACGGAUCCAGAUUGAAUUGGAAAAUUUGAAUAGCGCUACUGAUGACAUUAAUAAACUUGAGAUUGAACUAGAUGAAGCCAAUAGUACAUUCAAACAAUUACUCUCAGACUCAACAAAACAAUUACAAGAGCUGGUUAAUAAAAUAGGGCACAGUUGUAUUGAAAAAUCCCGGUGUUAUUAUGAAGCAAUCGACGUCUCGCGACAAGCUCAGAUACAAUGCCAACAUCAAGCGCAUUUAUAUCAACGUGCAAGUGAAAUUCAUGCGGCAGCUAAAGAAACGGUCGCGUUAGCAGAAGCCAGAUUUAUAUCACACAAACACGAAUGGAAUUUCGAUCAAGCAUGGCAGGAUACGCUGAAUCACGCGACUAUACAAGUAAUGGACGCGGAGAACCAGAAGGCUGAGUGCGGAAGAGAGCAUCACCGUAAAGCCGUUUUAUUUCAUGAUGCGGAUAAAAAAGCCCAGCAGCUUGAGGAAAAGUACCGGCGAGCUAUAAUCAAGGCGCGUCCAUACUUUGAUCUUCUGGCGCAAUGCGAGCAAAAAUUGGCCCAGCAAAAGGAAAAAGUCCAGUGUCUGGAGAAAGCGGUAAAGCUGGCGAAACAGACCUACGCUGAAAGCUUUCGUGCAUUAGAAGAAAUAAGCAAUGAAAUCCAUCAGCAGAGACGGGAAUUGAGUAUUAUGGUCAAUGGUCCACGUGAGCCCGGUGUUGGGGCCGAAUUAAUUACUCCCGAUGCUAGUUUAGAUUACAAAGACGAAUUGAAUAGAGUUACUGCCGGUAGAUUGAGUUCCUUGACUAACAGCGAAGCGGACUCUGAUGAAAGGACACGUGACAUUGAGGAUAUUAAUGAACUGAAGGAUCGUAUGGAAAAUUUGUCUGGACGGUCGGUAGACGGCAGUGAGUCGACGUCAAAUCAAUGGGAGUUGGAACUUCAAGCCAGUAUGGAAAAAUUAAAUAUUCUAUCUUUAAAAAAAUUUAACUCUUACGAUUUGCCGGAAACUUUAACCGAAUCAAAAGUUCCUAUAGAUAAAUUAGACUGUACUAUUGAUAAAACGUCACCGUCAUCAGUAUCCUCAGGUUCACAAUCAUCAAAACUGCCAAUUAAUAGUAUAGAAUUCCUUAAAAAACCAACGGGAUGGCAAUCACUGUCUCAGAGCCCAAUAAAUUCAAUUUUAAAUAAAUCAAAACUGGCGAUUAAUAAUUUCUCUAAAUCAUUAACCAGUAGUCCAGUUAAUGCUGCUUUUAGCUUUACUAAAUUAAAAGAUAAUCAGGUUAAAUUAUCUACUAAUAAUAAUAAAAGUAAUAAAUCAACGAAUGAGUUGUCUGAUAAUAAAAAUAAUUAUUUAAACAAUAAUUCAAAUGGUCUAAACAAUGAAUUUAAAAUAAACACUGUGCCAAGUAAUGACGGAGAAUUUAAAGUAAUAAAUAAUGAUAAUAAUAAUUUUAUAUCAACGAGUGCUGAUGCCAGUCCAGUUAAAUUAAUACCCAUUAAUAAUAUAGACAAUAUAAAUAAUAAUGAAAAUACUGAUGUGAAAUUUGUCGAUAAUCCGCAAUUGAGACAGCCGUCGUCAAAAAUAUCGAGUGUUAAAGAAUUACCAUUAUUGUCAAUGUUCGAUAGAUCUAAUUCGCUAAGAAUGUCACGUGACCGUAGUUGCAGUAUGAUUAAUUUAGACGAUAAAAAUACAAUAAAAUCAGUGUUGGAUAAUACGGAUUUAAAAAAUAUUCAGGCUGUUAGUGUCGAGAGAUUAGCUUGCGCUCGUAAUAUUUUGAUAGCUGAUAAAUAAUUUAUUAAUUAACGAUUAAUGAUCAGUGUGGUAAUUAAUUAGAAGAUAAAUAGGUUAGUCUGUUAAUUUUUUAUAUUAAAAAAUGGAUUGUUUUUUUUUUUAUAUUUACAAUUACUAUUAUUAUUUAUUAUUAAUAACGGUAAUAAUUUUGAGUGAGUUAAAUUAAUGCUCAAUAUUAUUGUAAUUAAUUUUAAUUGAUAUUUAUUUGUGGUUAGUUAUUUUUAUUUUAUUAAUUAUGUAAAUUUUACAAGCAGGAGUAUUUGGGUGUUUUCAAUUUUUACUCCCGCUCUAAAUCUGUGUAGGAAAUGUUCCCCCACUUUUUGCGCACGCGCAGUUUUGAAAUGCUCGGUAGUGGGGGCGUUUCGAGGUUCAUUCUCUCUCUGGGCGAAGUUCAUUUACUUUUUCCGAGGUUAUGCAAACUUGAAAAUUAAUUAUUCGCCGUAAAUUGACUUCUAAUUAAAUUUUAAAAAUAAUUAAUACAGUAUGACAAAGUCUCGGACUUCAGAGUACGAGAUCGAAUUCUAACGCUAGUAUGACGUCACUAAAAUAGAAAAAAAAAUGAUUUCCUACUCCAAAAUGGCGAUAAAUUUUUUAUCAAAAAUUUACUAACAAAUUAAUAUCGAUUAAUAAAUUAAUUAAAUGAUAUUUUAAAAAAUGUAUUCUCAUGUAGAUGAAACUAGUCGAGUUUUAAUAAAUUAUAAUUGCCAUUUGAUACUCGUAAUUAAUAUGUACAAUCUACGUUACUAAUGUUAAUAAUUAAUAGUUUUUUUAUUACAAAAAACAAAUAAAAUUUUAUAUUGACAAAAAUAUAUGUAAAUGUUAAAUAAUGCAGAUAAUACAAUAGUUUGAAAUUGAAUUUUACAAGUUCAUAUUGUUUAUAAAAUUAUAUAGAAAUUAUUUACAUUAACAAUUGUAAAUUCUCUUGCCAA